AUAGUCGCAGCAAUAAUGGCCAUCACAGGAAUUGUUAUGAUGGCAUAUGCAGAUGGUUUCCAUGGUGAUUCAAUUAUUGGUGUAGCAUAUGCUGUUGGCUCUGCAUCCACAUCCGCAUUGUAUAAGGUUUUGUUCAAGAUGUUUCUUGGCAGUGCGAACUUCGGGGAAGCUGCUCACUUUGUCUCUACGCUGGGCUUCUUCAACCUAAUUUUCAUCUCCUUUACCCCGGUCAUACUGUAUUUUACAAAGGUGGAAUAUUGGUCCCCCUUCUCUGCUGUGCCGUGGGGUUACCUUUGUGGAGUAGCCGGCCUCUGGUUAGCAUUCAACAUAUUGGUCAACGUUGGAGUUGUGCUGACGUACCCCAUCCUGAUUUCCAUCGGGACAGUGCUCAGCGUUCCUGGAAAUGCAGCUGUGGACCUCCUGAAGCAUGAAGUGAUCUUCAGUGUCGUAAGACUGGGGGCUACCAUUAUCAUUUGCAUUGGAUUUUUGCUAAUGCUGCUUCCUGAAGAGUGGGAUGAAAUAACCCUAAGAUUCAUCAACAGCUUAAAGGAAAAGAAAAGCGAAGACCACGCAGAAGACAUCACAGACUCCAGCGUGCAUACCAGGAGCAGAAGCAGAGCCAAUGGGACAGUGUCUAUACCACUAGCGUAAAGCUGGUGACCCUCUAACUGCACGUGAAUGUAUAUUCUGUGAAUAUAAUUUAAUUUUCUCGCUACUGAUAUGCUAAAUGACAGUAUUGCUCUGAACUGGGGAUGAAUUGUACAAAUCAAUGAUAAAUACAUCAAUAAUAAAUGUUUACAUUUAUACACUUAUAAAGGAACCAGUGUAAAUAGCUACAAUAAUUUUUUUUAUAAUAA